ACUGACACCCCACGCGGUAUUGUCAACAUUCACCGCAUGUGCGGGUAACAUGGUUUCCAGUUGUAAGAUGACGCCAUGGCUGAUGGCAGUGUUCUGCCUGGUGACAGCGGGCUGUCUCAACGUGACAGAUCAGCAGACCAGCGAGUCAACUCAGACUGAGCAAGUUGCUAUUCUCAAGCAAAUUCGCAAGGUCAAUGACGACGGAUCUUAUACUUUUGGGUACGAGGCUGGUGAUGGAUCUUUCAAGGUCGAGACCCGCGACGUGCUUGGCAACGUCAAAGGUACCUUCGGUUUCGUCGACGCUAACGGCGAAAUAAAGCGGGUCACCUACUCUUCGUCAAAUGGGACGGGCUUUAAAGCAACGACGCUAUCACCAUUGCAGGAACAAGUCUCCGUAGUCCAGAGUAUUCCCCGAUCAAACCGCAGUUCAAACACGAGAAAGCCGACAGUAGUUUACGCGACAUCGACCGAGUCAUCCUCGUCAUCCUCCCCCACGGUAAAGCCCGUGUCGGUGGUGCAAACGAUUCCCCGAGGUCGCAAGACAACAACGACAUCUAGCACGACAACAAGUACGACGGAGCCGCCACGAACAACAUACGGACACUACAAAAGCCUGAAGAGUCGUCCGCGAUACUUCAUCAACGGUCAGCAAAGACCGCCAGCGGUGUCCGUCGAGGAAGAUUCCGCGGAAGACUCCCAGAUCAAUCGUCCCGGUACCGACGAGAAAUCCGCCUACCGUCGGAUCCUCUUCGCGAAGCGUCCGAUCGAUCACAAUCUGCGACCGAUAACGGAGGAGUUCGAAGAGAAGGAGGAGGAGCCCCGGGCGAGCAGCGGAAACGCCCUGAGACGUCAGCUGCAAGAAGACACGACAAAACCCGAAGUCCAAGAAGUCCACGAAGCGACCGACGAGCAUUCUGACGUCUACGGCGGUGCCCUCUCAACGACCAGGCCCUUGUUCACCACCAGCAGUCCGCCUCGCAUCCUCCACCGUUUGCGUUCCGAUCGGCCGAAGCUGUACCAGGUGACGCCUCCAGCGCAGGAGAACGUCGGGCCGGCUCGUUUCGAUAAUUCCAAGUACGAGACCACCCGAAGUUACGAACCCCCAACCAAAGCAGUAGAAGAACGCGAGGAGCGUGAGUCAACCCCGCCCAUGGUCUUCCGUCCGUCAACACGAGUCGCCGACCGGGAUUACGUCCGCCAGACGACGGAGUCUGUCUUCGUCCGUCAGCCGCCUGAACAUCUUCUUCGGGAUAUUUCGUCUGGACUCCUGAUGCCGCAGAACAUCGAGGAAGACGGCUACAGGGCCGGACCCGUUGGGCGAAUUCUGUACAGACCUCAGCCAAGGGCUCCACUCUACCCAACAACGACGGACGCCAACGUUCAGUACCUCACCGAGACCCCGAUCCCUGAGCCAGACCCACCAAGAGCUUACAUCCGACCGAGACCAUACGGACGACCAUUGCCCUACGAUCCCGAGCGACCGCGACCUCUCCCCCGUCCCAUUGACGACCGGGAAUAUGACUUUAAUUACCGGAACAUCGCACUUCCCCCGGAGGCGCCCAAUCCCCUGCCGCCUCCGCUCAGCAGACGAGACUUCCAAAUCCUCCUGAGGCGCCUCCUGAUCAGUCAGUACGGCCCGCAAGCGCUGACCUACCCCAGGACCUACCUGGAGGACGCCCUGUACGACCAGACCCCCUACCCCACCUACCAGACCGCCUACCCGAUUCCCGGACGUCAGUCCCUCGUGUAUGAGCCUCACAUACCCCCAAACCGAUACGGUGAUCGCCCUCCCCUGCGCCCCCUCCUCCCCCGGCCCCUCCCGGCGGUCGAGCCAGGACUCUACCAGACCGCCAGGUACCCCGACGACUACCAGGACCCGCGAUACAUGAAACGCGUCUACAGACAGAAGUUCUAUAACCAAGAGAUGGCGGAUGAGUCGGAAAACGACGGCGAGGAAAUCCUCCCGGCGCCGAUUCGCGAGGCUCUCCUCCUCCGGAUGCUCCAACUGGCCAUCCACAACGAUCGACCCAUCUCCAUGAUGUCCAGCUCAACCACCCCAUCCCCCUCCACCCCCUACAAGAAGUCUGGCCCUGUGAGAAGUGUCCAAAUAAUUUCCGAUGACGUUGACAAAGACUUGAGAAAAAAAAUGUAAAACUGAAAGUUUAUUAUUGAAAUAGUAGAUCACAACUUCCGUUACGGAAGUGAUACUCCAUCUUGAUCAGACCGGAACAUAUAAAUAAGAGUGAAAACAAGUGUUUCAAUUAAGCCGAUGGGAAAAAUCGGUGGGAGAAAUACAGAGCCGAGGGAAUUUUCACGUGGGGGAAUUACUCAUUCGUCAUUCUCCUUGAUCACAAGUAUUUAUAGGUUAUGUUGAUUUAUUCAAGGUUCAUUCAUUCACCAGAUGACGCACCACUCCCUCCGACGAGUCAAUCGUGGGAAUCGUCAUCGACCUUGCCGAAAAAAAAUUUGCAACGACAAAAUGUAACUGUAAAUAUAUUUUUAUUUCGACUUUUAUUUUUAUGGAACUAGUGCGAUAAUGUAAUGAAGAAUGAGACGAAUAAAGCGAUGAUGGAACACA